GCUUUGGAACAUGAAAUGCUUCUUAGAAUCCAAAAGCAGGGGCUUGACGUGUCUCCAAAAAUUCUCAUUGUUACGAGAUUGAUACCACAGGCAAAAGGGACAACAUGCAAUCAAAGACUUGAAAAAGUCAGCGGAACUGAACAUGCACACAUAUUGCGAGUACCUUUUAGAACCAGGAAUGGAAUUUUGAGGAAAUGGAUUUCAAGAUUUGAAAUUUGGCCAUAUCUAGAGACAUUUGCAGAGGAUGCGUCAAAUGAGAUUGCUGCUGAGUUACAAGGAAUUCCAGAUCUGAUAAUCGGAAACUACAGUGAUGGAAAUCUUGUUGCAUCUUUGUUAUCUUAUAAGCUAGGGAUCACGCAGUGCAACAUUGCUCAUGCAUUGGAGAAAACAAAGCAUCCUGACUCUGUUAUAUAUUGGAAGAAAUAUGAAGAUAAGUACCAAUUUUCUUGUCAAUUUACCGCUGAUGUUAUUGCAAUGAACAAUGCUGAUUUUAUCAUCACCAGUACAUUUCAAGAAAUUGCGGUAAGCAAGAAUAACGUUGGACAGUAUGAGAGCCACACAGCUUUCACUCUUCCAGGACUGUAUCGAGUUUUUCAUGGCAUUGAUGUUUUUUAUCCCAAGUUCAAUAUUGUGUCUCCAGGAGCCGACAUGAGCAUAUAUUUUCCAUACUCUAGCAAUGAAAAGAGGCUUACUGCUCUACAUGUUUCGAUUGAAGAGUUGUUAUACGGAGCAGAACAGAAUGAAGAGCACAUUGGUUUGCUAAAUGAUCGAUCAAAGCCAAUUAUCUUUUCUGUGGCGAGACUAGGUCGAGUGAAAAAUUUAACGGGACUUGUUGAAUGCUUUGGUAAGAGUUCCAAACUGAGAGGACUUGUAAAUCUUGUGUUGGUUGGCGGCAACAUUGUUGUAAAGAAAUCGAGGGACAGAGAAGUGGUGGAGAUAGAAAAAAUGCACGACCUCGUAAAAAAAUAUGACUUGCACGGGCAAUUUCGUUGGAUAAAGACCCAGACGAAUCGUGCACGCAACGGGGAACUCUGCCGUUACGUAGCUGAUGUGAAAGGUGUAUUUGUGCAGCCUGCUCUUUACGAAGGAUUCAGGCUAACAGUGGUCGAAGCUAUGACAUGGGGCCUUCCAACAUUUGCCACGUGUCACGGGGGCCCAGCUGAGAUCAUUGAGCAUGGCAUUUCUGGAUUCCAUAUUGACCCGCAUUACCUUGAUCAGGUUGCCGCAGUUUUAAUCAACUUUUUUGAGCGAUGCAAGCACGAUCCUGGCCACUGGAGCAACACGUCUGACGCAGGGCUUAGGCGCAUUCACGAGAGGUAUACAUGGAAGAUAUAUUCAGAGAGACUUCUGACUUUGGCUGGUGUUUACGGGUUCUGGAAGCAUGUAUCUCGGCUGGAGAGGAGAGAAACUAGGCGAUACCUCGAGAUGUUUUACAUCCUGAAGUUCCGGGACUUGAUAAAGUCAAUUCCCCUCGCUGUCGAUUAACAGCAUUGGAUUUGGACCACAUUCAAGGAGCUUCUCGACGAAAAAAGUCAGUACUGUCUCUGACUCUGAAAUUCUCAGCUUCUUCAAGAAAAUAUUAAACUUGUUAAACUUAUUUUUUCCCGCACAAAAGAAAAUCUGUUUUAGAGCCGUGGUUCCGCAUUUAUUUAGCUGGAAAUUCGGAGACAAUCAAAAUUGGGAAGUUUAAUUACAAUAGACGUCAUCUGCAUCAUUUGCUGUGUGAUGAGCCUGAGCAGACCAGUUAUUAUUUUCGGACUUGAUACAUUCCUGCAAGUUCUGUACAGAUAAUAUGGUUUCUGAAAUGUGAGCUAGUUAGGUUUUUUGGGUGGUCAAAGAGGUGCAAGAUUAUGCCAGUCCAGGAAUUGGG